AUGGUGCAAGUCACUAGUCGCAAUGAUCACCACGAAACUGAAACGCACCAGCUUCUGGUUGCUGGCAAGUGUGUUUGCGGUGUGGAGUUCAAGGACCCGUCAGAUCCGCACCAUGCUCUUCGGUGCAAGUACCAGUAUGCCCCGUCUCGUGUUCAUGAUGCAGUGAAGCUCGUUGUUGCUAAGAUAGCCAAGGCAUCGGGUGGGGUGGUUACGAUCGAGGAUGACACGCUUCUGCCGGGGAAGAGAGUGGAUGUGGCGGUUAGGAAACCAAUGGAUGGGGAAAAACAUGCGCUCGAGUCCGAGGCGGAGUGGGUGGAGCGAGGGGGUGGGGAGCAAGAGUUUGGAGAAGGAGCACCAUGGGUGGACGUGCCCUACUUGGUCGACAUGCGGCUGUAG